UAGAAAACGGCCCUUUUUUAACAUUAUUACUUUUCCAGUUCUACAAAUUCAUCCAUGAUCCAUCCCUUUUCGCCUCAGAAUUCCGCCAUUAAAAUGACCUUAAUUCCAGCACAAUCGUCUCACAAUCAACAGCCACUCGAGAACCUCCUCACAAACCCACUUCUCAUUUCAGACAAAAUCCUUAAACUCUCCUCUAAAUCCAUCUCAUUCAAAUCUUACUCCUUCACCCUUGCACAAACCGUCAACACACUCUCUAAUUUCUUACGUUCCCUCCUUCGUUUCUCCUCAAGUUCCUCCAUUUACGACCCUCCUAUUCGUCACAUUUCUUCCCGUCUUUCCCUUAAUCUUCGCAAAGCGUACAAACUUGUAUUGAAAACUCGCCGCCGUAAUUUCCUUUACCGUUUAAUUAACCUUGUAAACUCCGCUGAUUUUCGGAGAAUUAUUAUACUUCUAGAAUCUUCCGUCGCCGACUUGCGUUGGGUUCUUUCUAUUCUCCAUGCGGAUGACAACACCCAGAAUCAGAACGACCUCGUUUUGUCUCUCCCGCCAAUUGCGAUUGAUGACCCGACUAUUGCAUUGGUUUGGUCUUUUAUUGCUACAAUUCAAUUGGGUUCUUCUUUGGAAGCCCGUAUUGAGGCUGCACAAGAACUUAAUAAUCUAGCAUUAGAUAAUGAUCGGAAUAAAAUGAUGAUUGUUGAAGAAUGCGGUGUACCCCCACUUUUGAAAUUGUUGAAAGAAGGGAAUUCUAGUGUUGCUCAAAUUGCGGCAGUGGAGGUUUUGUGUAGUAUUUCUAAUGACGGGGAUAGAGUUAGGGUUAUUGUUGAGAAUGGAGGUGUUCCUUUGAUUAUUCAUGUUUUAGAGGAUUCUUGUAUGGAUGUAAAGGUUAAAAUUAGUGGUUUAGUUGCUAAAAUGGUUGAAUUUCAUGGUGGGUUGGCUAUAGAAGUUUUUGGGAGAGAAAAAGUGAUUAAACCCCUUGUUUCUUUGUUGACAUUUGAAUAUGAAUCAAAUUUGAUGGAAUUGAAGAUUAAUUGUGCUCAAUCAAUUUGGAGAUUGGCUAAAGAUAACUUGUUGAAUUGUAUGAGGAUCAAUGAGACUAAUGGGUUAUUAGGUUUAGCUAAAAUGGUGGAGAAUGAAAAAGGGUUGUUAAAGUUAUACUGUUUAAGGGCUAUAAUGGAGAUUAGUUCCAUUGCUGAAUUGAAUCCUGACUUUAGAAGGUCAGUUUUCAAGACGAAAUCACCUUCUGCUAUGGCUGUAAUUGAGGAGCUUUUGAGAGUGAUCAAAGAAUGUGAUGAUCGGAUUAUGCAAAUUCCGGCUAUAAGAUCAAUUGGGUGUCUUUCUAGGACGUUUCCUGCAAGGGAAACAACACGAGUGAUCCCGCCUUUAGUUGAGCAGCUUUGUAAUGUGGAUCAUGAGGUUGCAAUUGAGGCUGCUAGUGCAUUGGUUAAGUUUGUUGAUCCUGAUAAUUUCUUGUUCCUCGAACAUUCGAAGGCCAUAGUUGAGUUUAAUGGGGUUCGGCCUGUGUUUGGAUUGCUUAGAAUGAGUGAGGAGAAGGCUCAGUUACAGGGCUUACUCCUUCUCUGUUACCUUGCUUUAAAGGCUCCUAAUUUAAACAAUGAGUUUGGAUUAUCAGGGUUUAAUAAAGCUAUGGUUUUAACAGCACUUGAGGGUGUUAAUCAUAGUUUUAUUGCUCAGAAUCCUCAACUUAGAGAGCUGAUUGUUAAGGCUCGAUACAAUCUUAGUCUCCGCCAUGGAUGAGAAAUUGAUCUUAGUACGCAAUCUUCGUUGCGUUUAUAGAUAGAAAAGAACAUGUGUAUUUAGUUAAUAAUUAGUACUUAGUAGCGUUUUCUUCGUUUUAGAAAGAAAUAUAGCAAUCUGAACGAGACGAAAGAGUAAAACCGAGAGAAGUGAACAUAGUUUAUUCAUCAAGUUUGUAAGCUCUUAACUUCGUGCAUAAAUCUUAUGCUAUGGAGAAAAUAAAAUCAAUUACAUUAAGCGUU